CUGUGGUGUCACGUGCCGGGCGCGAGCCGCCGCCUCCUGGGCGGGUGCUUCCUGUGGGGCCGUCUCCGCCGCCGCCGCCCGGGGGCCGCGGGAAGCCUGGCGGUUCCGGGCUGUAGGAGGCCCGGUUUUGGUUCGGAUCGGCCGCGAGGUAUCUAGCCCGCCAAGAUGCCAGGGCCGAGACCUCGGAAGGGCCCUAAGACCAGAGGCCAGGGUGCUGAAACUGCAAAGCAGCUGGGUCUUUUCGUGGAGUUCAACACUGAGGACAUGCUCCUGGGGAUGGAUGAGACUGAAGAGGAGGGCGACCUGGAGGCUGAGCUGUUGGCACUCACUGGGGAAGCAGGGAGCACAAGCAGGAAGCCAGCACCCAAGGGCCGUGCCCCCCUGCCCAUGGCCCACAUUGAGAAGUUGGCAGCAGACUGUAUGCGAGAUGUGGAGGAGGAGGAGGAAGAGGAAGGGCUGGAGGAGGAUGCAGACCUGCUGACAGAGCUGCAGGAGGUCCUGGGCGUGGAUGAAGAAACUGGACUGCGCGAUGAUGGCAGUGUGGCAGCAAGCCCAGACUUGUCUGAGGAGACGACACAGGACGACACUGAACAACCUGGCGUGCAGACAGCCUCCCAACAGGCUUUACCUGCAGCGCCUCAGGCUGGAGGGCCUCGGGGGCUGCAGGCUUUGCUGGAGGAACGGAUCCGUAACUACCGGGAGGCCGCAGCCAGUGCCAAGGAGGCUGGUGAAGCUGCCAAAGCCCGGCGCUGUGAGCGAGGCCUGAAGACUUUGGAGUCCCAGCUUGCCACUGUGAGGAAAGGUGGGAAGAUCAGUGAGGAUGAGAUUCCACCUCCAGUGGCCUUGGGCAAAAGGCCCCUACCCCACCAGGAGAUAGCCAAUAGGAACUCUGAGACAGACUCUUCAGCUUCCUGUGCCAUGGAACCAGACAACCUUUUCCAGCCUGAGACCAGCCUCCCAGGCAGCUCUGCCAUAGCCCCCCUGCCUGAUGCAGACCCAGACCCACAGGCCCUGUUGUUAGCCCGACAGAGAGAGUACAAAGUAGCUGCUCUCAAUGCCAAGCGGGCUGGAGAUCUAGAUCGUGCCCGGGAGCUCAUGAGGAUUGGGAAGAGAUUUGGUACUGUCCUGGAGGCCCUGGAGAAGGGGCAGCCUGUGGACCUGAGUGGCAUGCCCCCAGCACCUGAGGAUCUGAAGACCCUCACACAGGCUUCUAAGGCCCCCACAGCAACUGGAGCCCUGUCCCCAGCAGUGGAGCAAAUGCAGCCAGUGAUGGCCUCUGACCUCCCAGCCACCCCAGUGACCCCUGCAGAGCCAAAAACAGUGCUGGAUGCUUUACAGCAGAGGUUGAACAGGUACCGGGAGGCAGGCAUCCAGGCCCGGGCCAAUGGGGAUGAGCGCAAGGCCAGGAUGCAUGAUCGAAUUGCCAAGCAAUAUCAGGAUGCUGUUCGAGCUCAUCAAGCAGGGCAGAAAGUUGACUUUGCUGAGUUACCUGUUCCUCCAGGAUUUCCUCCCAUCCCUGGCCUGGAGACCAGGAAAGGUAUCCAGGAGGAUUCAAUGGCAGCAACUUUAGCAACUGCCCAGAAAUUGGCCUCAGAAGAUGCAGACCUGGUAGAUGAAGAUGAGGAGAGGGACACCCCAACACAGGCCCCAGUGGCCAAGAAGCCAGCACAGCCUCUGGCUCCUUCAUCUCGUCUUCCGACAGAGCCCAAGGCCUCGGGUUCUAAGGAACCACUGAGUCCAUCCGCUCGGGAGCAGCUGGCGCUGCUGGAGGCUCGGAAACUACAAUACCAACGAGCAGCUCUGCAAGCCAAGCGCAGGCAGGAGCUGGAACAGGCCAAAUCCCACUUACGAGUGGCUAAAAGUCUGGAGGCCCAGAUCAUCCAGGUCCGAGCAGGUCAACCCAUUGACCUCUCCAAGGUGCCUUCACCCUUGACGGAUGAAGAGGGCGACUUCAUCCUCAUUCACCAUGAGGAUCUGCGACUCUCCCAGAAGGCUGAGGAGGUGUAUGUCCAGCUACAGAAAAUACUUCUGGAGCAGCAUGAGAAGUGCCUGCUGUUCUCCAAGCAGUUCAUGCACCAGGGCAAUGUGGCUGAGACUACCCGGUUUGAGAAGCUUGCUCAGGACCGAAAGAAACAGCUUGAGAUCCUGCAGCUAGCCCAGGCCCAGGGCCUUGACCCUCCCAGCCACCACUUUGAGUUGAAGACAUUCCAGACUGUGAGGAUCUUCUCAGAACUCAACAGCACAGAAAUGCAUCUGAUCAUCGUCCGGGGCAUGAACCUCCCAGCCCCACCAGGAGUGACUCCCGAUGACUUGGAUGCUUUUGUGCGCUUUGAGUUUCACUACCCUAACUCGGACCAGGCCCAAAAAAGCAAAACAGCCGUGGUAAAGAAUACAAACUCGCCAGAAUUUGAACAAGUUUUCAAACUAAACAUCAACCGAAAUCACCGGGGCUUUAAGAGGGUGAUCCAGAGCAAAGGAAUCAAAUUUGAGAUCUUCCACAAAGGAUCCUUUUUUAGAAGUGACAAGCUGGUUGGCACAGCACACCUGAAAUUGGAAAGGCUGGAGAAUGAGUGUGAGAUCAGAGAGAUCAUGGAGGUUCUGGACGGAAGAAAGCCCACUGGGGGGAAGCUGGAGGUGAAGGUGAGGCUUCGGGAGCCUCUGAGCAGCCAGGAUGUGCAGAUGGUCACUGAGAACUGGCUGAUCCUGGAGCCUAGGGGCUUGUGAGGUGGUCAGCCCUGGAAGAUCAUCGGCCAGCACUGGUACCAGCUCACUGACCCAGCUUUGCUGGCUGCAAGAGCCUCUGUACGUGAGAGAUGCUGCUACCCAAGCACCAAAGACCCGAGAACUAACCGCUGCCUGGGCUUUCCUCAUGCUGCUUCUCCUGGGCCUCCAUGGAAGCAGAUCCUAGGGGCUUCUCAUACAGCCUCCCACCCCCAGAUGUGGGUGAAGACAAGGAUUCCCCCAUUGCUCUGUGCCAUAGAGUCCUAUUGCCCCUUAACCUCUGCAUAGUAAUGAUGGACAGUUUACUCCAGCCCCCAGUCGCUCCAUUUCUGGAUGUGCCUUUCAAAGAUGUAACUCUAAGGGAUGGGAGACUUGAGGGUGAUCGGAAACCUUCCCUGCUUAGGGGAGGGGCAGAAUUCCGUGACUCCAGCUGGUCAGUGGCAGCCUGUCCCGCCCAGCUGUUUUCCCCUCUGCCUGUGCCUUUUGUCCUGACACCUGCUGCACUAGCCUUCCUGCUUCUCAGGGGACUCAGGACAGGAAGUUACUUUGGUACUAUUGGUGGGAAGGGGAAGGGUUUCUUGGUUUUGGUCCAUGUACCUAAGAUGUUAACUGGGAAGAAAAGAAAAAAAAAAAAAAAAAAAAAGAUCAGUUCUGUGUAGCCAUUUUUAUUUUAAAACUAGGUCUAAUGCCCUGUAAGGACUUUAUGUUCUAAACUGUUAACUUACUCUCAAAGUCUACAAAUGCCCUGUUUCCAGUCCCUUUAAAAGCCAAAGCAGCAGUAUCGUGUGUACACUGUACCUGUGCAUUCCUCUUAUGAGAAGGCCUGUCCUUGAGCUGAUCACUGGCUACCCCCAAGUUCUAUAGCUUUUGUGGUGAAUGGGUGGAAAUGAAGGGACAGGCAGUUGCAGCAGAGUUAAUAUUCACACAUUAUUCUAGAUUCCUCAGAAAUCAGCACCUCAACUCUUCCCAUUUUAAAGCAUUAACCUCAACAAAGUCUUCCUCCAGAUUUACUUUAUAUUUUUAUUUAUUUAUUUUGGUUGUAUAAGGCAGGGUCUCUGUAGUUCAGGCUGGUCUUGAACUCACAGCAAUCCUCCUGCCUCAGCCUCCCUAGUGCUGGGAUUACAGGCACGAGCCACCAUGCCCGGCUUCCUCAAGAUCAUUUGUGAAGGCUCUACGUGAAAGAAGUACAUUCAGCUGCUGGUCACUAGUGUUGCAUAAACACAGCUCAGGGGUGAGCUUUUGUGUGUCUGUUGGAGAUAACAGGCUGGACCAUGCUUCCCUGCCCUUAAGAACUUAUCAGAAUGAUUAGUGGGUAACAAGGGAGAAACUGCAGACGAGUGAUCUUCCCCAGAGCCCUCUGGCCAGUCACCUAGCAGAUGUGAGCCCCCAAUCUUUCUUAUGUAAGAGAUUUCACAAUUAUAGUCGUCACAUUGUGUGCCCAGCAGUGAUUUGGAAUGAAAGGGUCUCUGCCUUCCUUCAUGAAGGAACCCAGAGCAGAGAGGGGUGGCCUGAAGAGUGUACUUUCCUUACAGUUUGCAUCUGACUCAGCGCUUGCUACGAUGAAGAACCCCUGGGGUUAUUCUCCAAGAUCCCCAUCCGCCCUUGGCAUUUCUCACUUUGCCCCUCUGCUGGAACUGCUCUAGUGUUCUGAGACUUCAAGGAUUCCUUUACGACUUGUUCACUUUAUCGCUCUGCUUAGUGAAAACAACCCCAGGCUGAGGGUGGCCUGACAGCCACCCACUGGACUUGGAGCCUGAGGUUCUUAAAAGGUCUUUGUUGGAGCCAAGGAAUGCAUGAGUAGGGGGAGGGGCCUGCAUAAAGCCUCAGUUAUGUAAGAUUUGUUCAACCACAGUAACCAAACAUUGUUCCUGGAUAUAACUGAGAACCAGCCACAACCGAAAUCAUUUCUAAGUAUCUCACUGCGUGUCCUCUGAGUGACUUAACUGAAUAAAAUACGGAAUUUGAGAGUCAGGAAA